UUUGGGUUGUGAGAAAAUUCAGCACUACAGGAACAGCAGCUCAACAGUGAAUAAUAGGCACUAUUUUCACAAGUUCUGAAACUAUCAGCUGGUUUUUUUUUUUUGGUUUGUGUUUUUUUUUUUUUUUUUUUUGAAUUUUGUGUGCGCAAGUCCUUGGUGAAGGUUGCAUAUAUACAUGUUUUCAUGAAGAGAAGUGAGAAGCCAGAAGGUUAUAGACAAAUGAGGCCUAAGACUUUUCCUGCCAGUAACUACACUGGCAGUAGCCAGCAGAUGUUACAGGAAAUACGAGAGAGCCUCAGGAAUUUACCUAAACCCUCUGAUGCUGCUAAAGCUGAUCACAGCAUGGGCAAAAUGUCAUCUGAAGAUCCUAGACAAGGCCGAAAUCCCCCCAAAUUUGUAACAUACCAUAAAGUUUUGCAGGAGAUACGAAACUCACUUCUGCCUUUUGCAAAUGAAACCAGCUCUGCAGUCAAAGGAACAUUAGAAGUUAAUCGACAAAUGCUGCAAGAUUUACAAGCUGCUGGCUUUGAUGAGGAUAUGGUUGUACAAGCUCUUAGGCAAACUAACAACCGUAGUAUAGAAGCAGCAAUUGAAUUUAUUAGUAAAAUGAGCUACCAGGAUCCUCGUCGGGAACAGAUGGUUGCAGCAGCAGCAAGACCUGUUAACGCAGGUAUGAAACCACCAGGAGGGACUGUGCAGCAAUCAGUUCACCGCAGACAGAGCUGGAAAGGUUCUAAGGAGUCCUUGGUUCCUCAGAGACAUGGCCCUUCACUGGGAGAUGGCGUAGUUUAUCGUUCAGAAAGUCCCAGUUCUCAGCCUGAUGUAGGAAGACCAUUAUCUGGAUCUGGCAUAGCAGCAUUUGCUCAGGCUCAUCCUGGCAAUGGACAAAGAGUGAAUCCACCACCUCUACCACAGAUAAGGAGUGUCACUCCACCUCCUCCACCUCCUCGAGGACAGACACCCCCUCCAAGGGGAACAACUCCUCCACCUCCUUCCUGGGAACCAAGCUCUCAAACAAAGCGUUACUCUGGAAGCAUGGAGUAUAUGAUCUCUCGCAUUUCUCCCGUACCACCAGGAGCAUGGCAGGAUGGUUAUCCACCUCAGCCAAUGAAUCCUCCACCCAUAAAUUCUUCUGCACAGGCUCAGAGAGGCAUGAGUGCUGUCCCCAUUGGCAGGCAACCAAUAAUCAUGCAGAGUUCUGCCAACAGCAAAUUUAGCUUUCCCUCAGGAAGAGCUGGAAUGCAAAAUGGCAAUUGCCAGGCAGAAUUCAUAGUUCAUCAGAAUGUUGUGUCUGGGAACUCUGUAAGUCGCCAGCCACCCCCAUAUCCAAUGAAUCCAACUAAUAGGCAAAGUCCUACUGCACUACAGAUGCAGGCAGGAGGAUCUGCUCCUCCUUCAGCAUACACCAAUGGAAAUCUUCCUCAAACAGUAAUGGUGCCAAAUAGGAAUAGCCACAACAUGGAACUCUAUAAUACAAAUGUAGUUGGAAUACCUGCACCCUGGUCACAGCCUCCACCUGCACAACCACAGUCAUCACCUGGCAAUGGGCAUGAAAUCCCCACAUGGCAAUCCAGUGUUCCAGUAAGAUCAAAUUCUUUCAACAACCAUCACGGAAAUAGGCAGACUCACUCUAGCAGUUCUCAGCCUUCAGCUACAACAGUAACAGCUAUAACACCUGCUCCCAUUCAGCAACCAGUAAAAAGCAUGCGUGUGUUAAAGCCAGAGCUACAGACUGCCUUAGCGCCAACUCACCCUUCCUGGAUGCCACAACCAGUGCAAACAGUUCAGACCAUUCCAUUCUCUGAGAGUCCAUCUACAAACAUGGCAGUUAUGUCACCUGCUACAGAGGCUCCAAAUUACCAGGGUCCCCCACCACCUUACCCAAAACACUUGUUGCAUCAGAAUCCAUCUGUCAAUCCAUAUGAGACAGGGCCCAAGCUUAGCAAAGAGGAGCCACCUGUUUUAUCUAAGGAGGAAGAGAAUGAAAAGAGUUAUGAAUGUGUUGAUUCAACAGAUAAAGAAAAGAAGCAAAUAACAACAUCACCUGUUCCUGUUAGAAAAAACAAGAAAGAUGAAGAACGAAGAGAGUCUCGCAUUCAAAGCUAUUCCCCUCAGGCCUUUAAGUUUUUCAUGGAGCAGCAUGUGGAAAAUAUACUCAAGUCACAUCAGCAGCGUUUGCAUCGGAAAAAACAACUAGAGAAUGAAAUGAUGAGGGUUGGAUUGUCCCCAGAAGCCCGAGAUCAAAUGAGGAAAAUGUUGUGCCAGAAAGAGUCUAAUUACAUUCGUCUAAGAAGAGCUAAAAUGGACAAGUCGAUGUUUGUAAAAAUUAAAACUCUGGGAGUUGGGGCAUUUGGAGAAGUCUGCCUAGCAAGAAAAGUGGAUACUAAUGCUUUAUAUGCAACAAAAACUCUGAGAAAGAAAGAUGUAUUGCUUAGGAAUCAAGUUGCUCAUGUUAAAGCUGAGCGGGAUAUCCUUGCAGAAGCUGAUAAUGAAUGGGUGGUUCGUCUGUACUAUUCAUUCCAAGAUAAGGACAAUUUGUACUUUGUAAUGGACUACAUUCCAGGCGGUGAUAUGAUGAGUCUUUUAAUUAGAAUGGGUGUCUUUCCAGAAAAUCUGGCACGGUUUUACACAGCAGAACUGACCUGUGCAGUUGAAAGUGUUCAUAAAAUGGGCUUUAUUCACAGAGAUAUUAAACCUGAUAAUAUUUUGAUAGACCGUGAUGGUCACAUUAAAUUAACAGACUUCGGGCUCUGUACAGGUUUUCGAUGGACCCACGACUCAAAAUACUACCAGAGUGGUGAUCACGCACGUCAAGACAGUAUGGAUUUCAGCAAUGAAUGGGGUGACCCAGCAAACUGCAGAUGCGGAGAUCGGCUGAAACCACUCGAACGCAGGGCUGCACGUCAGCAUCAGCGCUGUCUGGCCCAUUCCCUUGUUGGCACACCUAAUUAUAUUGCACCAGAAGUAUUGUUACGAACAGGUUACACACAAUUGUGUGACUGGUGGAGUGUUGGAGUAAUUCUCUUUGAAAUGUUAGUGGGGCAGCCUCCUUUCCUGGCACAAACACCCCUGGAAACACAAAUGAAGGUUAUCAACUGGCAAACUGCUCUUCAUAUUCCACCUCAAGCUAAACUGACUCCAGAGGCCUCCGACCUUAUUAUUAAACUCUGCCGAGGGCCAGAAGAUCGUUUAGGCAAAAAUGGUGCAGAUGAAAUAAAAGCUCAUCCAUUUUUUAGAACAAUUGAUUUUUCAAGCGAUCUGCGGCGGCAGUCUGCUUUCUACAUUCCCAAAAUUGCUCAUCCUACAGACACAUCAAACUUUGAUCCAGUUGAUCCAGAUAAAUUGUGGAGUGAUGAUGAUAAGGAAGGGAACAUAAAUGAUACACUUAACGGAUGGUACAAAAAUGGAAAACAUCCUGAACAUGCUUUUUAUGAGUUCACAUUCCGCAGGUUUUUUGAUGACAAUGGCUACCCUUACAACAAUCCAAAGCCCAUUGAAUAUGAAUAUGGUAAUCCACAAAACUCAGAACAGCAGUCAGAUGACGAUGACGACAAUGAGGAUGACGAACAGGCAGGCAGAGGGGUUCAAAAUCGUGACUUGGUUUAUGUUUAGUAGAGAAUAAAAAAACAGAUGAGAAACUUAUUUGCAGCUGAAUGUUUUGAAAAGUCUCUUUUAAUAAGAGAAUUGACAGAAGAUUGCUAGGGUGAAUAUGUGCACCUUUUUUUACAAAAAAAAAAAAAAAAACACUAAGACAAUUAUGUCUUCCCCUCUCCCAUAUAUUUUGUUUCCCCAAAAUACAGGGAAAUCCUUCUCAAACAUUAAUUUAUUCCAACAUUAUUAAUUGUUUAAUUUAGAAGAAAGUUGAUGUUUGAUGAAAAAAAUUGACCUGAAUUUUAUUGUCAGGUCUCUGUACUCUAAGUACUCAAAAUAGGAAAUAGUGAUUUUUUUUUCCCCUAAAGAGAUGCCUGGUAUCUAUUUGUACAUAUACUAAAUAAUUCUAAAAAACAAAUCUUUGUUCCAGAAUUUUUUAAUGACAGUUCUUCCUUGCGUUGACCAAACAUAAAACCUACUUUACACUAAUAAAGCUAUGUGAUCUGUUUCUGAAAAAAAAGGCUGCUGUACCCUCCCUUUUCACAAUAUUUAGCCUAGUUAUUUAGAGUAUUGGAAAAACUGAGCCAUUUGUCUGAUUAAAUAUUUGUAGCCACUGCAGUAAUGGCAUAGUUCUCAGCUUUGGAACAAGAAAGCAUCAGUCUUGACUACACUAUGGUUGUAAAGUGAUAAAGCAUUAAAACUAGUGUUCUGUUGAAUGGGUGAAUUUGAAAUUAAUAACCCUGUAACACGUGUGGUACUCUUAAAGCACAAGGAGUAUUUGCUCAUAAAUGGCUUGUUCUUCUGUCAUCAGUUCUGUUAUGGGAGGAAAAGUGUAGGAAAUAUACUUUUUGAAAUCUUCAGUUUAAUUUUCUGAUUACACCAUACUGUAAACUCUGUAAAAUUGUACUGUAGUCAGAAUUUUUAGUUUGGAAAAUAAAUUUUAGAUUAUCUUUCUUUCUUUUACACUUGAGAUGGUAAUGGGAAAAGAUUAAAAAUUACGGUUUUUGAGCCUGUUGUUGAGGAGACCAGUUUCACUUACUUGGCUUCAGCAGUUUUCCCCAUUGUUGAGAGUGGAUAAAUACCAUGCACAGUCUCUGUGAGCUAUCAGUUUCUCUCAUUACACUUUGAGUGCUGCCUCCUUCACAGCCCAGUUCAAAACAAAACUAGGAACUGUCUCCUCUGUUCUGCAUUACUGCUUUUGUAGUUUUUCACAGGAGGUGAGCAGGCAUCCCUUGGUCUCAUGGUGGGAGGAUGGUGAGCCUCUUGAGGUUAUCGGGGGCAGACCUCUACACAACUUCCCUGUUGAAAAGACCGGGAGUGGAAUCCUGUGGAAGACAGGAUUGCAUUUUUCUCCCUGUCUCACUCUCUCUCUCCUGCAGCUAGCAAAGUGAUAAAGAAAGUGCACUAUUAGUUAAAUUUGUAUCUUUUUAGACAUUCUCUUUCUGGAAUUGAAUUCCAAUGGCUAAUCUUAAUAAUGUACCUGUAAGCAUUACUGAUUUUAAAAAUUAUUGUUUUGUGCUGCUGCGCUGGUGUUAUAACUAUACAUCAGGAAUUGCUAUUCAUAGCUGUUCUCAUAGCAAGCACCACUUACUAGCUUACUUUUCUCACCAAGCUGGUUUAGGAAAUUCACGUGCUCUUCCAACCAUUUAUUCCCCGUCUGUGUUUCAGUGUCUCUCUCUAUUGUGCCAGUGCAGCUGCCUGUGGUUCUGUGCUAAAUAAUAGACCAAUGAAAAAAAAUGGUUGGUGUUUAAUAUUUGGAGUUUUUUUUUCUUGUAGCCUGGCUCAUUUGAAUGAUCUGGUUUCAAAUGUAGUUGAAGAAAUAGUUUAUAUUGCAUAACUGAGGAGGAAGUGAACUGCAGUAAAGAGAGGAGGGAUGGUGGAAAUUUAGAGACUUAACACAGGAAAAAAAUAUUUGAGGUUGUUCACCCUUACACUUUGAAGUGCUUAUGAUGAAAAGACAAUUACUAAAAACUUUUUUUUAAUAGGUAGUUACUUUCUACGAUCGAAAUAGAUUGUAGCUUAAAAAAUGAUUCAUGUUUUCUCCGCUUGUCCUACAGUUGUCAAAACUGAAUAGCUUUUAAGAAUUAUUUUAUUUAGCUUAAAUAUUAUAAAAUGGCUGCAGUAUAUAGCUAUCCAUUUUAUACAUUAUGUAAAAAAGGUUGUUUUCAAUGUAAAUAAACUUUCAAAGAUUAUCCUCUUUCAUAGUAAGUAUCCCAGUAAAACUGGUCUACUUUUCCUGGAGUAAAGUGUAAUAUAUUACUGGUUAAAGGUAAUUUAAUCAAACUUGCCUUACUUGUGACAGUUUGUGAAGUUUGCAGAGAAAAUAAUGUCCAUUCUUCAUUAAAUUGUCUAUUGAAGCUACUUUUUUUUAUCCGAAUAUAUUUCUUCUUUUCCUGCAAUAUAUUCCUAACAGUAUAACUGAUGUCUUAGCCCGUAUGUGCUUAAAGGGUGGUGAUGGGGAAAUCCUCUGAAGGCACCACAGUUCUAUGUGAGCUAAAACAAUAGUUUUUAUUAAAAUAAAUAUUUGAGUCUUUUAAACAAGUGUGCAAAUACUGAAAAAAUACUGUUCUGUUCUGAAACAAGUACAGAAAUAAUUCACAUCCUUGGAAUUCAGUAGACAUUUCUGGCAUUUUCUGUUGCCUAGCGUUAGAAGUUCCAUUGUUCCUUGUUUGAAUUUUUCCGUCUAUAUGAUGCCGUUUUAUAUUUUGGGAGUUUGGGGGUUGGGUGUGCAAAAAUGCAGUGUGUUACAGUUCAAGUCCUUCUCUGAGUGGAAAAGUUCCAUAUAAAUAAAUGCUUCUCUAACA